GUGUGUGUGUGUGUGUGUGUGUGUGUGUCUGUCUGUCUGUUUCUGUCUGCUAUGGUGAUGAGAAGGUGGUACACAUUCCUUUGAAGAUUGUGUUCUGACAUCCGCUAGUUCUGUGCCUGGACAAGAUUGGCUACUGGUACAAUGAGGGCCCAUGUUCUGAUAAUGGUCAUGGUGACUGCAGCAGUGGGUUACAGAGUACGCUCUCCACUCAAGGCACUGCCCUUAGACAUGGCACCCAACUCUGUUGAUGAUGCCUACUCUACCUGCACAAAGGAAAUGUCAAAACAGGUUCUGUCCAAUUACCUAACCAAUGAACAGAACUCAAAUGCUGAUUUCAAAAAAGCAUGGAACAGAGCACAGAAAUCCAACAAGCACAAAAAUCCAGGAAAAGGUCUGACCGAAAACCACGCGAUCGCCAUUCGAGUGUACACCAAUGGUCAACCCAAGAUCUAUGACAAGUUUAAUGCAGCUGUGCGCGAUGGCAGGGGUAUUUACAAAACCAACUUCAACUACCAUGCUCUUCAUUUCCUGCUAACUGAUGCCCUCAAGCACCUAAAAGAGAACCAGGAGAAGGGGAAGUGUGUGACCACCUACCGCAGAACCAAACUGGACUUUGACACAGAUGUCAUCCAAAAGGAGAUCCGAUUCGGUAGCUUCACAUCCACCUCUUUGUGUCGUGAUGCUCUCACCCAUUUUGGCAAGAAGUCCUGCUUUGAAAUCGAGACCUGUCAUGGUGCAGCUCUGGGAACCUUCUCACAUUUGCCUCAAGAGGAAGAAGUACUGAUCCCACCCUAUGAGAAAUUUAAAGUUGAGAGCAUUAGGAAGCAUGAGAAAAAUGACUGGUGUGAUGUUGUGUACAAACUGAGCAGCACUGGUAUCAUUAGUAAUUUGGAUUGCGCGCUGAUGAAAGACCCUGUAUUCACAUUUGUAGAACAAUGAAAGGUUAAUGCUGACUGAUUAGGCUCCUCUUUCCUGGCUGGUGACCAGGUGACUUCUUAUUUGAAUAUUUAGAGCUUAGAGAAUGCUAUGCACAUUAUCUUUUCAUGCUAAGGAUUUGUCUUCUACGCCUCAAGAACGAUACUUAAAAAAAUGUACAACUGUCAAUCAUGCAAGAAUAAAUAAUUAAAAUAAAUUUAAUUUUUCUCAUUUGUAAAAUUUCAAAUUUUUAAAUUUAAAAAAGAUAAUUCUCUGACAAAACCACAGUUACAGGAAGGAUCUUUGCUCAUGUUUCUCUGAUUACAUGGUGAUGGAUGAACACUAUGUGAUGAACCACACUUUUUAUCCCUACUCCUGUAUGCAGGGUUCCAGGGCUUUUGUCUCUGGGCUACAGUUAACUUCAAAAUGGGAUUCAGUGUCCUUGCUUUUGAUUUACAGUGUUGUCUUUCAAAACCCUCAGCAUGUUCAUGUCUCACUGUCUUUCUUUGAGGCACUUAAUCUGUUCUGCUGCCAUAACAAACUAACUGAUAUUUUUAUGGUAUAUAAAACAGUAAUCAAGGACAGCAAAAAUCCUGUGAAAAAAGGGGACAUGCAGUUGGUGCUGGUGCAUCACAUAAAGACAUUUCGAAUGAAUGUUUAUGAGUUCAGACCACACUGUCAGCUUUCUGAAGACUGAAAGCUUGUCCGUAAGGGCGAUUGGACUGCCUAGGAAAAAAAAAAAAAAAA